GCUUUCACACAGAAUGUAUUGCACUGGCACAUUGUAGAUACCCAAUCUUUCCCGUUGGAGAUACCUUCAUAUCCAAAGUUGUGGAAUGGUGCUUAUUCAGCCUCAGAACGAUAUACAAUAGCUGAUGCUGCUGAAAUUUUAUGCCCAAAAAGGAGGGAUUAAUGUAAUGGUUGAAUUGGAUGUCCCUGGGCAUGCACUCUCCUGGGGGGUCGGCUAUCCUGCUUUAUGGCCAUCAAAUGACUGUCAGCAGCCACUUGAUGUCAGUAAUGAAUUCACUUUUCAAGUGAUAGAUGGAAUUCUUUCAGAUUUCAGUAAGAUCUUUAAAUUUAAGUUCGUUCAUUUGGGAGGUGACGAAGUUAAUACAAGUUGCUGGACUGAUACUCCACGCAUAAGCAAAUGGUAAGACUAUUAGGAUCUUUGCAAAAGUCUUACACUAUCUGAGUUAAACAUAAAGGGCUCAUUUGGUUAGAGGGUGUUCGUAUUCCUUGGUUAAACAAUAAAAACAAAACAUGGUU